ACGGUCUACGGGUAAAACCCCGAAAGAUAUAUUGGGUUGACUCGAAUUCAAACGGGGGACCAACUGCUUUAAAUACAGCAAAACCCUUGUUCUACAUAAACCCCAGAAGCUUCUGCCGAAGCCCAAAGUUUUCUCCCUGUCUUCAGUUAUGGCUCCUGAUGCUGCUGAUGCGCUUGCAGUUAGAGAAAAGGUUAUGAAGUUGCUGAAUGCUGCUUGUUCAGGGAACAUUGCGCUUUUCAAGAAUUUGGCAAAGCAACUGGAUGAUGGGAAAGGGUUGGCCGGGACGGUGGCGGAUGUGAAGGAUGCUAACAAAAGAGGGGCAUUAAUUUUUGCUGCUAGAGAAGGCCAGACUGCGUUCUGCGAGUUCUUGGUGGAAGAGUUGAAGCUUGAUGUCAAUACAAAAGAUGAAGAAGGUGAGACUCCUGUUCUUCAUGCUGCUCGUCAAGGACACACUGCUACUGUCCAGUACCUCAUAGAACAAGGUGCUGAUCCUGCAACACCUAGCGCUUCGGGGGCAACAGCUUUGCAUCAUGCUGCAGGAAUGGGACAUGUUGAAGUGGUUAAAUUCUUACUCUCAAAGGGCGUAGAUGUUGAUUCACAAAGUGGUGCUGGAACACCACUUAUAUGGGCUGCAGGUCUUGCCCAGGAAGACGCUGUUAAGGUUUUGCUGGAACAUCAUGCUAAU